AUGUUUAAUAAGAAUAUUAAUUUUGCAAAGGCGGAAGAAGAGAUAUUAAAGUACUGGAAAGAUAAUGAGUGUUUUAAAAAAGGUAAUGAGUUAAGUAAAGACAGGCCAUUGUAUACGUUUUAUGAUGGUCCACCUUUUGCUACAGGUUUACCUCACUAUGGGCACAUAUUAGCAGGUACUAUUAAAGAUGUGAUAUGUCGUUAUUAUUACCAAAAGGGGUAUCAUAUUGAAAGACAAUUUGGAUGGGAUUGUCAUGGAUUGCCGGUUGAGUAUGAAAUUGAUAAAAAGUUAAACAUUAAAACAAAAGAAGAUGUUGAGAAGAUGGGUAUUGCUAAUUAUAAUGAUGAGUGUAAGAAGAUUGUUAUGCUUUAUUCGAGUGAAUGGGAAUAUUUCGUUGAAAGAUUAGGUAGAUGGAUAGAAUUUGAAGGGUCAUAUAAGACAAUGGAUUUAAGUUUUAUGGAAUCUGUAUGGAAUAUUUUUUCACAUUUAUUUCAUAGAAAUUUAAUUUAUAGAGGAUUUAAGAUUAUGCCUUGUUCUACUGCAUGUAAGACACCUUUAUCUAAUUUUGAAGCAUCACAAAAUUAUAAGGAUGUUUCUGAUCCAUCAGUACUUGUUAAGUUUGAGGUGGAUGAUAAUGAAUUUUUAAAUCGUUACAAUUUAAACAAGUGUUACUUAGUUGCCUGGACUACUACACCAUGGACAUUAAUUUCUAAUUGUGGAUUGGCUGUUAAUCCAAAAUUUACCUAUUCCCUCUUUAAGUCUGAUAAAGAAGAGUACUUAAUAAUUCAAAGCGGUAGAAUUGAAAGUUACUUUAUUGGAUUUGAAGUGAUCGAUACUUUCUUAGGAGAAGAGUUAAUUGGAAUGAAUUAUAAACCUUUAUUUGAUCAUUUCAUUAGUUAUAAAGAUAGAAUUAGUAAUAAAGAGAAACAUAAUCAAGUAGGUAGUUUUGUUAACAUGAUGUAUGAUUUGGAUAUUAAUAAUGUUUCUAUUAAGGGCAGACAUGAUAAUGAAAUAACAGUAAGCAAGAAAAGUGCAUCGUUUUUUAGUGUAUUAGAUGCUGAUUUUGUAACUAAUAGUGAUGGUACUGCAAUAGUACAGUGUUCACCUGCUUUUGGAGAAGAGGAUUAUAAACUCUUUUUAGCAAAAGGUUUGCUUGAGGUUGAUGAAGUUCCUCCAUGCCCAAUUGAUGAUAAUGGUGUGUUUUAUGAAACGAAGUAUAAAGGAAUGUACUUUAAGGAUGCUGAUAAGGUUAUUUUAAAGGAUAUUAAAGAAAAUAUUUUAAGAUCUAGUCAUGAAGUUCAUUCAUACCCAUUUUGUUGGAGAUCAGAUACCCCGUUAAUGUAUAAGUGUGUUCCUAACUGGUUUAUUAAAGUACAACCAAUAAGAGAUGAAUUAUUAAAGAACAAUGAUAAGAUUAAUUGGAUGCCAGCUUUUGUUAAAUAUGGAAGAUUUCAUAAUUGGUUAGCUAAUGCUAAGGAUUGGGCUAUUAGUAGAAAUAGAUACUGGGGUACACCAAUGCCAAUAUGGGUAGCUUUUAAAGAAGUUGAAGGUAAAGAAAUUUAUGAUUAUACAGAUUUAAUAUGUGUAAAUAGUAUUGAAGAGUUAGAAAGGAUGACGGGUAGUAAAGUAGAUAAUCUUCAUAAGCAGUAUGUUGAUAAAUUAAUAAUUUCCAAAAAUGGAAAGAAUUACAAAAGAAUACCAGAAGUAUUAGAUUGUUGGUUUGAGAGUGGUUCAAUGCCUUACGCUAGAGAACAUUUCCCAUUUAGUAAAAAUAAGGAUUUGGUAAGCAAGUAUGAUGGAUAUCUAGAGAUAGACAAUCACCCAGCUGAUUUUAUAGGUGAAGGUAUCGAUCAAACAAGGGGAUGGUUUUAUACUCUUCAUGUUCUAUCAACACUUUUAUUUAACAAACCAGCAUUUAAAAAUGUGAUUGUUAAUGGAAUUGUGUUAGCUGCAGAUGGUAAGAAAAUGUCAAAGAGAUUAAAAAAUUAUCCAUCACCAACAACUAUAUUUGAUUCAUACGGUGCUGAUUCAUUAAGGUUUUAUUUACUCUCAUCACCUGUAGUUGAGGGUGAAAAUUUAAAGUUUAAUGAAACAGGAGUUAAAGAGGUAAUUAAGUUAGUAUUGAUACCUUGGUAUAACACUCUUUCAUUUUUUAUGGAGUGUGAGAUGGGCAGUGAACCUACAUUUAUGGAUCAGUGGAUUAAUGAUAGAUUUGAUAGUUUUAAUUUCAACGUGUCAAAUUCACUAAAUAAUUAUAAAUUAAGUGAUGUUCACUUAUUUGUAAAUACAUUUUUAGAUGAUUUAAGUAACUGGUAUUUAAGAAUUAAUAGAAAAGAAUUGAGACUUAAUGGUAGAUCAUUAGGAAUGAUACUGAAUAAGUUUUCAAUUUCAAUGGCACCAUUUAUACCUUUCUUUUCUGAGUAUUGUUAUCAAUCAGUUAAGGAAGUUCUUUUAUUAGAAAAUAAUCAAUUAGCAAGUGUUCAUCAUAAUAUCAAUGAACCAACCAGUAAGAAGAGUAAUGAAUUUGAUGUAGUUAAAGAGUUAAUUGAGGCCAUUAGAUCAUUAAGAGAGAAACAUUCUAUUAUGCUUAAAAGAUCAUUAAAUCUAGUAACUGUUUUAUGUAAAGAUUAUACUUUAUAUAAAAAAUAUGAGAAUAUUGUUAAGUCAGAGUGUAAUGUAUUUAGAAUUGAGUAUUUAACUGAUUAUGAAGAAAAGUAUAAAUUUAAAGUGAUAAUCAGACCAUUCUUUAAGAGAUUGUCUCAGGAUAAGUUUAUAAAAGAAAAAAUUAAGUUUAUAAAAACACUUAAAGAGGAAGAUUUAUCAACAAUAAAACCAAUUAAAGAUUCUAAAGAAGAAGAGGUGUGUUUAGAAGAUUUAUUAAUAACUAGAGAUUUGAUUGGAGUGUCACACUCAGGUUUAUUUACAGGAGUAAAUGGAGACUUUUGUGUAAUUUUAGAUGUGAAAGAAACUAAAGAAGUUAAAGAAUCAACAUUAGCAAGAGAUUUUUAUUCAUUUGUACAAAAAAGUAGAAAAACAUGGGGAUUAGUAUUUAGUGAUAAAAUAAACAUAAAUAUUGAUAAUGAUGAAAUAAUCAAAGUAUGUAAAAAAUACUAUCCUGAAUUAGAGUUUACAACUUCUAAUAAAAAUUUAACUUUAAUUAAUGAAAAUCAAUACAAAGAAUUUGAUGUUAGAUUUUAUAAGAAAGAUUGA